AUGGACGCUCUCAAGUCUGCCCUGCAGCCGCUGCAGCCCAUAACCAACAACCUUCCCGCGCCGAUCCGCGACCUCGGUGUCUCCAUCAUCGGCGAGACCUGCUACAAGACGCUGAUCCUCGACCUCGACCCGACCGCCACCGAGUGCGUCAAGCUGGCCAUCUCCAAGGGCCUGGGCAUCGGCAUCAUCGGCGCCUCCUCCAUCGUCAAGGUGCCCCAGAUCAUCAAGCUCGUGCAGUCGCGCUCCGCCUCGGGCAUCAGCUUCCUGUCCUACCUGCUCGAGACCUCGUCCUACCUCAUCAGCCUGGCCUACAAUGUGCGCAACGGCUUCCCCUUCAGCACCUUUGGCGAGACCGCCCUCAUCAUGGGCCAGAACGUCGUCAUCACCGUUCUCGUCCUGAACUACUCCGGCAAGGCGAGCGCCGCCGCCCUCUUCGUCGCCGCUCUUGCCGCCGCUGCCUUUAGCUUGUUCACCGAGAACGUGGUCGAUAUGAAGACGAUGAGCUUGCUGCAGGCUGGUGCUGGAGUGCUGGGAGUUGGCAGCAAGAUCCCUCAGAUCCUCGCCAUCUGGCAAGAAGGCGGAACUGGCCAGCUGAGUGCAUUCACGGUCUUCAACUACCUUGCCGGCUCGCUCUCCCGCAUCUUCACGACACUGCAAGAGGUGGAUGACAAGCUAAUCUUGUACGGCUUCAUUGCUGGCUUCGCGUUGAACCUAGUCCUGGCUGCGCAGAUGGUAUACUACUGGAAUGCGCCCUCAGCCAAGGCUCGGGGCAAGAUGAAGGAAGCACCAUUGGCCGCGGGCCCCGCGAGCUCCGGCACAUCUACCGCGACGCCAAAGAGUAAAGGCCCUACUACCCGCCGUCGGGGUUAA